AUGUACGGUCCAUUGGUUGUUUCAGACGAUAUUGAACUCGAUGCACAAGUACCAGCCGAGGUUUCACCUGGUGCGGGCCAACGACAUCUUGAAGCUUCCCUAUUCCACGUUCAGGAGUUACGUUUUCAAGGAGACGGAAUUUAUCGCGGUGACCGCCUAUCAGAACGAGAAGAUCACCCAGCUGAAGAUCGACAACAACCCGUUCGCGAAAGGAUUUCGGGACACGGGGGCGGGGAAGCGCGAGAAAAAGUGAGUAUCGCUUUCAAAACUUCAUCGCGAAGCACAAAGAACAAAUUAAAGGAUGAAAUUUUCUUUUCUAAAAUUUUUAAAAACUCCCUUCAUCCGCUAAACCAAAAAAAAAAAUCCCAUCAAGCCCUAAAAGAUUGCUAACUCUGCGUCGUUGUUGCAGAAGGCAGGCGCUGUUGACAGUGUCAGGAGGCGGUUCUCGUCUAACAGCAAGUGGCCCAGCAUCCCCUGAGAAGCGUCGUUCGUCCAACUCGGUCAACGACCUUCUGGACGACGAAGACAAGCUGCUGGACGUCGUAGGACCUGAUACGCCGCAUCCGGCGCAUCAUCAGCGCGAACGUGAGCACUCCCGCGAAAGGGACGACCGGACGAGCGAAAGAGGGGAAGGAAGCGAAUCAUCUGGCUCAGAGAGUGGCGGUGCACCAGGCCCAACGGGUUCAGAGGGGCCUCGACCGGACGUAUCAGUCGGUCCACCGCUUCAUCCGCCCCUGCUACCGUACCUCUAUCCACCGGUGCCUGGUCUCUAUCCAGGCCCAGGGCCUCUGAUACCACCCAGUCCCCUGGGAAUCCACGGUGGCGUAACACCAGGCAUGCUGUUCAACGCGCAACUGGCUCUGGCCGCGUCUCAGCACCCAGCCCUCUUCGCGCACUAUCCUCACCCACUGGCCAGUCCUCUUCACCAACUGAAGGGACAUCGAUUCGCGCCGUACACCUUGCCAGCACCGUCGCACGGCUCUGCCUUCGAGACGGUCACCCCUGGUAGCAGGACACUGAGCCCAAGGUCCCCACCCCCGAGGCCACCGACCGGCUCGCCAACGCCCACCACUGGUCUGACAUCUGGCAGCAGUUCAGCGGGUGAACUGAAGUCCAUAGAGAACAUGGUGAACGGCCUGCAGGAGAAGAGGAGGCGCAGCCCUAGUCUAACGCCCGGUGGACACAGAGGGGACGCGGACGCUGGCGGAGGGAGUCCGUGA